AUGCCCAUGCACUACACAGGCCUAUCAGCGUCAUCUCUAUCAGGACCAUCAUCCAGCAAGUCGUCCAUUGAACAUUAUGGUAGACAAGAGGUCAUCAAUGUGGAUGCAGACAGUGGGGGCGAUGCCAACGAUAACGAAGAGGAGAAGGAAGAGGAGGACAAACACAAGUACAAUGUGGAUGCGAUGGAAGUAGACAAUGUUGUCUCUUGGACGGUGUCAUUGUCAGAAUGGCGUUCAGGUCAAAGUUCGAUCCAAGGAGAUGCAUCUGGGUCUGGGUCGGGUUUGAAGGUUAACGUCAACAGCAGAAAGAAGACAAAGGGCAAUGAGAGACAAGUAGAGCCUCAAGUUCAACCUGUCUGGCCAUCUUCAUCACCAUCAUUGUCAUCACCAUCAUUGUCAUCACCAUCAUCACUAUCGUCGUUGUCAUCGUCCGCCACACCAUUUCAGGCAAGUCUCAUCAUGAUACCAGACCCCACUAGGAGUACAACUGCACAGCUUGCCGCAUUAGACAACUCUUACCUUCUGUGUACGAUAUUGGUUGAGCAGUGGAAUACUAUCAAUCACCUCACCAGACAUGCUCAUCUAUCAUUGGUUCCGCAUGAAGUAACGGACGUCAGGAUGAUUCAGGCGGUGAUAUACGAUUGGCUAUGGGUAGCCAUGCUGAUGGCAUCCCUGGAGAACGGAAACCUGUGGGACGUCACCUACAUGUCGUGGGAUACAUUCAUAGAUGCAAUGCUGGAUCCAAUUGCUAACAAAGAAACAAUUCAGCAGUUGAAAGAGGUAGACGUUGUUAUCGGUGGAAUCGACUAUACCAUUGCAUACGAUAUCACGACAACAUAUAACCUGAGCAUGGACGAGAUUGAGACAUACGAGGAGACAUAUGAUGAUAUCAAAUAUGAUGUUCUAUUCUGGCCUACGAGGACAGCGAUGAAACGACUGGCGUUCAAGACUAACCUACUGCAACUUUUGGAUGAUGUUGCGAAGACAGUAACAAAGACGUAUCGCCCAUCCUGGACAGAGAUAGAUGUCGACGAUCCGAUGACGGUGAUACCUCGAGACACUGUCCUCAAGUGGGUUCCAUCCAACAUGGGUAGCCAUAUCUACUUUCCCGUUCACUUCAGGCCUGACCACGCACAGCGCCAAAUGCUACGAUACCUCCAGAAAUGA